GAUCGGUAUUGUUUGUCCCAGCGCGCUCGCCGUAGAGGGCUGACCGACGGUUCUGACAUAUAUGUGUGCUAAUGCCUCUGUUAAACUCGCUGUGUUGCAUUAUGAACUUAAUUUAAGCAAAAAUGGGAAAUGUGCAGAGUUACGGCGCUGCCUCGUUCGCUGUAUGUUCAGUGUAUUUAGUUGUUCACAUUUACUGUUCUCACAAGGUGCUGAAAACAAAUGUUCUCACCAGCGACAAACUUCCAAGCUUCUCGUACCUCUACAUCAAAUAUGUGUUCAGAGCUCUGACUCGGAGAACAGGACACCUGCACACAACAAAAACGAAGAGGAAUGAAGCUGUUUACACGAUCCUCAAGUGCAGUGUGUCUGUCUUUCUGAGGCUGGAGACUCUAGUGUUGAGGAGGUUCUGCAGCGCAGGAGGUUAUGGUUGGGAUUAUCCAGACACUGAAUACAGAGACAUCCCACUGUGCUUCCCUGAGGUUCUGUGUGGCAGACUGAUGCUGAUGCUGCUCACUGAUGAAAACUUCAGGCUCAGCCCUGCAGGUCUGGUUCGUGUGUGCCAGAGUUUGAAAACACUUCAGCCAAUUGAUGAGCUGAAGAAGGGUCCGUUCACACUGCAGGUCAGAGUCCUGGUGUACCGGCAAGUUGAUGCAGGGGUGGAGGUGGACAUCUGUCUGUCUGCCACUUCUCGUUCCGGAUGCCCAGUGUGGGAGAGCGUCCUGACACUGCUGUCCAAAAACAAGCUCCACAGAGCUAGCAGAGGCUCAACAAAGACUCACAGUGAGAGCCAACGUGAUGAGCCUGUGCCAGAAAACAUGAAGCAGGGAGAGCUCAGAGUUCCCUGGAGUCCCCGGCUGCAGUGUGUUUGGUCCCUCUCUGACUGCUCCCUCUACCGGCUCCUCUCUCUACCGGCCAGGCUCUUUGGCCGCAGGUCGCACACUGCACCAGGUCUCUGGAUGCUGUCGGUCUGCUUGGCUGAAAUAGAGAAACACAAAGGGGUCGAGGUCAUCACAGCUCCAGUAAACGUCACCGCCCGGUUUGAGGAGCCUCUGUUGGUACCAGACAUCCAGGUGGAGGAGGAAUCAGUUUCAGCAGCUGCACUGGAGAUCAGCGGGACGCACUCUGGGUCAUCCCACCUCUGCCAUGUGAUUCUCAUUACAGAGACUUCUGGGGAGCAGGGUUCAGCUGUGGAAGGCUUGAGCAAGUGAAAAUACAUGAAGAGGCAAGGAAAGGGCGACACUGCCAGCAUCCCUCUGUCUUCUCCAACAGGGAGCAGCAGUGUGCAGGUCUACCAUGACUACCAGAAGGUGGCUUUUAAGAUGUACCCUGGGAAUGGCUAU